GUGAAGGUCUAGAGAUAUCAAUCACAAUGGGGUAAAGCAUUUAAUCCCAGGAAGAAAACCAAAGGCCUUUUCAGCCUUACCGGAUCAUCAUGUCAAGGGCUUCCAAAGGAGAUAAACUUCUGACUGACCUGGGUUACAAGCUGGGCCAGACCCUGGGGGAAGGCAGCUAUUCCAAAGUGAGAGUGGCCACCUCUGCCAAAUACAAGGGACCCCUGGCCAUCAAAAUGGUGGACCGACGUCGAGCACCCCGGGAUUUUGUUGAGAAGUUCCUGCCGCGGGAGCUCUCCAUCUUGCGAGGGAUUCGGCACCCACACAUCGUCCGGGUCUACGAGUUCAUUGAAGUCUGCAAUGGGACACUCUACAUCGUGAUGGAAGCAGCCUCGACAGACCUGCUACAAAUGGUGCAGCAAGUGGGGAAACUGCCCUGUACUCCUCAAGCCCGGGACAUCUUUGCCCAAGUGGUGGGUGCUGUCCGCUACCUCCAUGACAGACAUUUGGUGCACCGGGACCUCAAGUGUGAGAAUGUGUUGCUCACGUCUGAUGGCCGGCGAGCCAAACUGACCGAUUUUGGCUUUGGCAAAGAGUCCCGUGGAUACCCAGAACUGAGUACCACCUACUGUGGAUCAGCUGCCUAUGCCUCCCCGGAGGUACUGAUGGGCAUUCCCUAUGAUUCCAAAAAGUAUGAUAUAUGGAGCUUAGGUGUCAUGCUGUAUGUGAUGAUAACUGGUUGCAUGCCGUUUGAUGAUACUCACAUCCAUAGCAUGCCUUGCCGCCAGAAGAAAGGAGUCGUGUUUCCAGAGGAUCUUCCCUGUUUAUCUGAACCCUGCAAAGCUCUCAUAACUCAGCUGCUCCAGUUCAGUCCAGAAUCCCGGCCCUGUGCAGGACAAGUCUCUAAGAAUAACUGGCUGAAGGGGGAAACAUAAAGGCGCUACUUGGAGACCCUGGCAUUGGUGCUAGUUGCAGAUGCUUCAAGAAGGGUGAAGUGGGGAAUAUAUCAUGUUAACAACAGAAAUGUAUAGCUGCAAAAAAAGAAGUUUCUGGGAUGUUUAC